AUGAAACUUGUCCAUGGUAUCGGCUGCCCUCGAAUAUCUAGAGGUGGGAAAUUUCCCUCUACAUCGUCUAUCCAACGAAGUUUAGACCUUCCUUUCUUUCUCUUUUACGCUGGCAGGAUGGUGUGGCAUCGGAUUCCAUCCUGGGAAAUAGAAACUGGAGAGCAGCGGCACAAAGAAGACAGGACUGGCGGAGAUUAUUACAGGAGGUCCUGA